UCAUCGUUUUGACUUGGGUGUGCCACCGCCAGCAUGUUCAUAUGUGAUAUAUGUACUCAGGAAGUGCAAUCUGAAGAUGAUAUGAAGAGUCAUUUGCUCUUGGCACACAUGGAACGAGACUGCUGCUGCCCUUUCUGUACUAUUACUGGACUCGCAUAUGAUGAGCUCAGUUAUCAUAUUAAUACAGCUCAUAGAGACACACUGGAACCAUGGAGUAGUGAUGAAGAAGAGUCAGGGGAAACCCAAGUACCAACCUCUACCUCUGGCAACUUGGAGAGUCCUCAGACUAAUAUGAUUGACUCAAGUUACCAUAUAGAACAGACUAAUUGUAAACCGAGAUUACCGGUCAAUAGAGAACAGAACAACACACAACAGAGCACUGCGAAAGAAUCCAUGGCAUUAGAAGAGGGCAUAAGUGAAGCCUCAGGGGGUUCGCCAUUGGCUUGUAGUCCUGAAUCUGUUUGCUUACCUUUGUCUUCAGUUUGUUCUAAAGUGUGCCGUACUGAGUUUAAUGGUAAAGUUUAUGAGGAAAGUGAUUCCCAAGCCAGCGCGUCUGCACGCCCCAUUGACUAUAAUGAGGAUACUGUUAUGGAAUGUCCUUUUUGCUGUGACAUGAAAACAUCGGUUGAAGAGCUUGAAUUCCAUGUAAGGGUUGAACAUGCAGACCUGGUAGACACGCCUACUAAAGGAACUUACAGGCAGCAGCUUGAAUGCCCCAUGUGUUCUAUUUUUUGUGCAAAUUUCCAAAUCCUACAAGAACAUGUAAAUCUGCAUUUGGAGGAAGGUCUCUCUGAUGAAGCUUCUGCUGAUAAAGUUUCCAGAGAUUUUAUGCUGGCCAGACAGCUACAGGCUGAUGAAGACAAAAAAAGAAGAGCGGAAGAGUCUGAGAAAGAGAAGGAGGAAUUUAGGAAAUUACAGAGACAGUUUGGGUUAGACAAUUCUGGAGGCUAUCGUCAACAAUCCGUGCAGAGUCUAGAAAGGGCUGUUGCAAGGGGACGGCUACAGCCUAUGGAAUUUCACCUACAGAAAGCUCAGAUAAUGGAGUCUAUAGCUACUGGAUUAGAUGAUGGAAAAACUAAAACAUCAGGUGUUCUGGAUGCUUUACGCCAAUAUUAUAACAGCGCUGCUCCUGAGGUCAAUCGUGUCUGGCUCUGUUCUCCAUUGGACCACUUCAGUAAUGCUGCAGGAGACAAUGGAUGGGGCUGUGGUUUCCGAAAUUUGCAAAUGCUUCUUUCUUCUGUAUUGGCGAGUGACUCCUACAGAAACUGUGCACAAGGUUGCAGGUAUAUCCCCUGUAUUCCCAAAAUUCAAGCUUUGAUAGAGAAUGCCUGGAAGGAAGGAUUUGAUCCACAGGGUGCAUCUCACUUCAGGGGAAAAUUACAGGGUACAAGGGCCUGGAUUGGAGCAUGUGAAAUAUAUUGCCUUCUGACGUCUAUGAAUUUAAAGUGUCGGAUUCUUGAUUUUCACAAGCCAAGCAGUUCAUCAGGAACACAUCCUCUCUUGUUUGAAUGGGUUCAAAAUUACUAUUCAUCUGAUGCUGGUCAUACUGCAGGCAAAGUCAUGUGCUCCACCAAACCUGCCAUUUAUUUACAGCACCAAGGUCACAGCCGCACUAUAGUGGGAAUUGAGGAGCGAAAGAACAAAUCCUACUGUCUUCUAAUAUUUGACCCUGGACAUCCACCGGCCAUUUUGCAGAAACUGACCAAACUCAAUAUAGAUAAUGCUGCUGUGAAACCCCUCCGUAAACAUUUUACAGGCUUGAAACAUAAGCAGUAUCAGAUUGUGGCAGUAGAGGGCGCCCUUUCCCCGGAAGAAAAGGCAGUGCUUUUACAAAUGUCAAAAACCUUCAGAGCUGAAAGGAUUCCAUGAAGAAAGCUGGAAUAAUAAUAACAACAUUUAUGUGGAUAACAAUAUAUAUUUUGGACCAUGUACAUUGUCUUUAUGUGACUGUUGAGC